UCGUCACUCGUGAGAGAUCGUGAUGGAGGGAAAGGAGAAGCUUAACGUUCCUCAUUUUCUACCGAUGAUAUGCUGUAACUGUGGCUACCCUGUAACUGAUCCCGCUAGACAGACCACCUGUGGCUGUAGGAUGUGUCCAGAGUGUUUCAGCUCACUCCUCGAGAGGACGGACACUGAGCUUUAUUACUGCAAGAGAUGCGACCAAUACUCGCACAUCAAUGAUCUGUUUAAGGACAGGGCUGUAAACAAUGAGCUGGAAAGGACCUCGUUCCCUUGCUUCAACCACUCGUGCCCGUGGUUCGGCUCCAAUGUUGAAUACAAAGAUCACAUUUCAACCUGUAGUUAUGCCAUUAUCACUUGCCCUCACAUUGGCUGUGGCCAAAAGUUACUUAGAGACGAAAUGUCUGGCCACAUAGAGACGUGUAUACAUGCUCCUACUGUCUGUCGAUUCUGCAAAGUGUCACUACCAUUAUCUAAAUUAGAAGAUCAUUUUGCUACUGAUUGUCCUGAAUACAUUAUUCCCUGCUCUUUAGGCUGUGGUACUAAAGUACCAAGAAGAAUUUUAGGAGAGCAUCUGUCAGACUCCUGUUUAUUGCAAGAGAGGGAGUGCCGCUUUACCAAAUAUGGUUGCCAUCGUAAGGAUACUCUUGAGCUCUUGAUAAAGCAUUACAAGGAUGAUGCUGGGUAUCAUGUUGGACUAUUAGAGAAGUCUUUUUCCAGUUUGAAGCAUCAGGACGCUUUAAAAGAAGAUAUAUUGGAUGAAGCAGAGGACAGGGUCUUGAAGCUGCAGGAUGCGCUGAAGGAAGAGAUACUAGAUGAAGCACAGGAUAGAAUUUUGAAAUUGAUCAGAGAAGGGUUUGCUAGUCAUGUCCAUAAGUUUGAAAAAAGCCUGGAGACAUUUUGUGAUGGGCUUUUAAAAGCUGAAAUGAAACUGAGCGAAUUGCAAGACAGCUACUCAGAGCUGUCUUUUAUAUUUCAGGCACAUCAAGCUACGAGUUUCAAUGGUCAGUUUGUCUGGAAGAUCCCUGAAGUUGCUAGAAGAAGACAAGAUUCAAGGACUGGUAAAACUGGAUCUCUCUACAGUGCGCCAUUUCAUACCAGCAGGUUUGGAUACAAGCUCUGCUUAAGGCUGUAUCUUAAUGGAGACGGAUCCGGCAAGAAUACUCACAUCUCAUUCUUCCUGACUGUAAUGAGAGGAGAAUAUGAUGCACUGUUGCCAUGGCCAUUCUCACAAAUGGUUACUCUAAUGCUUCUUGAUCAGUCUGGCUCUAGCAACCAUAUUGUACAGUGCUUUAAACCAGAUCCAUCUUCAUCUUCUUUCUGGAAACCAAAAUCCGAUGUGAAUGUUGCUUCCGGCUGCCCCAGAUUUGCACCAACGGGUGUCUUUGAUGACAUCCGUUACCUUAAAGAUGAUGCCAUGUUCUUCAAGGUCAUCAUCGACGUUGCUACUGUGGCUCAACCAUGAGUCCAUCAUUGAAAGGAACCUUGUUGUAUAUAAUCAUUGACUGUUGUAUAUAAUCAAUAACUAUGUAUAUAAUCUAACAAUAGUUACAUGUAAUAGGUAUUUCAUUUAUUUCAAUUAUUUGGCUGUACAAUGUACAAUGUUGAUUUAUUUGAUUAAUUUUGUUGAAUCAUUGUU